AGUCAUUUUUAGUUAGUGUUCAACGUAACCUCCCCGUAAACCAAAAUGGAAACCGCAAGGUAUGAACAGAUAAGGGCUGAUACGAAGUGCCUAUCAGCUCUUUCCAAAGGGGUUGCAUCUGGUUCGAUGGCCGUAUUAGACUAUAUUUGCAAGUUUGUUGUUGAUUCUGAGGGCUCUGGUAUCAAUGAACAGGUGAAAAUCAAGAUCAUGAAUUACAUGAGAGAAAUAUCAAAAUCGUUGACUAAUGCAAUAGAAUCUAAGUAUGAUGUCUCCAGAGUAGUCGAUAAGGACGUAAAAGAUGACGGGGUACAACAAGCUAAACACCUAUUCUACAAAGCCAUAAUUCAAACCCUUAAAGAAGAAGCCGCAAUUCGUGGUUUAACAACCAAAGAAGAUGAACGUGAAUCUUUAAGGAAAAUCAGAUUGCAGCUAUUAAAUUUAGAUCAGGAAAUUUUCAAAAUGAAGCAACAACUUACCAUGUACAAUAGAGUCAAACAGCGUGCAGCAGAUAAAAGAACUAAUUCACAGUCUAUAGAUGAAGGACGUGAAGAUUAUGAGCAGGCAAUUAUCCAAAGGAAUUAUGCAAGAAUGUUGCUGGCCGUACAGUCCAUGAUAAGACAACACAAUAUUGCUACUAGUAGAAUGAUAAAGAAGCUAAGUGCUAACAAGAGCAAUCUUGAGCAAGCAGUUGAAACAACAAAAGAAGACAUAGACAAGUAUGCAAAUAUGCUACUCGAUGUUGUUAGCAAUUUCCCACACCAUGUUGACAUUGUUUUCCCUAAACAGGUUGAAAUUUCUGAAGAUAUUACGGGCAUGCCUGUUGAUAGUGAAGUUGUGAAACCUGAUGUUACAAUGGCAUCUGAAAACGUAGAUCCAACACCAAGUGGUCUUAUGUCUGAACAGACUGGUAAACCCGAUAUCACGACUUCAGCCGACAGUGAACAACGUAUAAUUGGUAAAGCAGAAGAAGAAAAGAUUGGCCAAAUGGAUGAAGAUCGUGCUACAACUGAUGAAAGUGUAAAGGAUGGUACUAAAUCCACAGCUGCUAUCAUAAUAAAGGAGUUCCAACCCCAAGUGGAAAUUGACGAAGUGAUCAUAGUUGAAGAUCCUGAAGACAUUUAUGUAGCUGUAAUAACUGAGACGAUGGACAGUGUACCUCCACAAAGAGAUGAAGAAACAAUGGAAGGGUCCGAUGAUGUCAAGACUGAGCCUGAGGCAGAAAAGGUAGAAUCAACUGACGGACAACUCUCCGAUGUAUUGGAGUUAGCUCCAGAAGUCGAAGAAGUGUCAGUUACAGUAGUUGAUGAAAUGGUUAUUGUGUCUGACGAUGGUGAUACGGUGCACAUACAGUAUGAUCAGGUCACUAUAGUACAAAGUGUGGAUGAUCUAUCAUCAGAAAAGAUGUAUAUGGAAAAGUCUACGGAAGACGAUGAUGCAAGCACAGAUGGCGAACCAAUGGAUACUGAACCAACUGUUGUUCAAAUUACGGCAAACAAGUCUUCAGAAUCAAGUGUAUCAGAAUUAAUACGCCAGGAAGGAAAGUCAGGCUCUUCCCUUGAGGAAUGUGAACCGGAGACCGAAAAGUCAAUGUCGCUUCUCACUGGUAAAGAUACCGAGGAAGAGGGUAGCGAAAGUAUUAUGGAACAAGAUGUGACAGUGUCAAAACCAAUUUCAGAGAAAGUUAUAUCGAAGAAACAUGUAUCCAUAUCUACCCAGCCCACUGUUGAUUCCAACGCAGAUGACGGGGAUAAAUAUCAUACCGUUGAUGCAUCAAGAACUACGAUAAAACAAAAUGAAAAGGAGUUGACUGAACGCAUAGAUGAAGUGCCGAUGAAAACAAUGGAAUCUGAUAAGGAAGAAACAUCGUCCAUCCCCGGGGAAAUUGAUGAUGCAGUUAAAGAAGAAAAACCAACCAGAGCUAUUAUUGAAACGGCAAAUGUAGAUGAAAAGGCAGUUGAAGAAGUUGCUACAGAAGGUGAAUCUCUUAUUGAAAGCACGGAGGUAACAAUGAUAGUUACGAGUUUAGCAUUAGACGGAAAGGAGGAAACUUUAGAGCCCACCAACAAAUUUGUUAUAGUUGAUUCUAUAGCGGAAGUGCAUGUCAUUGAGAGAGAAUCCGACAAUAUAUCACCAAUUGAAGCUCAUGGGUCACUUGAAGUAACCGGAGGAAAUGUACAGAUUGAAAGCCCAAUAGUGACAGUAGUAUCAAUACCCAUUGCAAUAAUAGAGGAACCUACAAAUCUUGAAAGAAAAGAAAAACGACGUAAAUCUGUUGAUGAAGAACAAAUUAAUGUUGAAAGAGAAGAGAAGCGUAUUAAACCGUUAGAAGUGGAGAGCAACAUUCCUGAUAGUGGAGCACAAGCUUCUGAAUGCAUUCCUACCGAAUCUGUAGCUAGGAGAGCAGAAAUUGUGUCUUCUCAUUUAGAAGAUAGUGCUAAUACGAACCUAGUAAGAGCAACAAGAGAUGAGAUUAACGAUGUAGGGCCCAUCGACCCUAAUAUUAAAAUGGAAGUAAAUCCAAUGGAGAUGUGGGAAGCCAUUAUCAGUAUAAGGAAUGAGAUAAACACAAUCAAGAAGCAUAUCAAUCAUAUAAACAAGCAUCUUAGCUCAUACACGCCUUACAAUGAGGGAGAUGUAUCAAGAGCCUUUAUUGAUAAAAAUGUACAAACGGAAAUAAGUCAAGUGGACACUAAAUAUAUAGCUGCAGAUAUAGUUAUAAGAGUCACUGAUAUUGAUGCUGAACCGGAAGAUGUGCCACAAGUAGAUUCCGUCGAUAGAGAGAAUGAGGAUGAUGAAACUGGUGCUGAUCCCCAAAAUAGGGAUGAGAUAGUUAUUCAUGAAGCUGAUAUAUCGUCAUCAAAAACGGCAGAGGAUGAAACGAUUGAUGCGAAAGGAAAGCAAAAUAUUGAACUUCAUUCCGGGAUAACUGAUCUGAAUAUAUCAACAAUGGUAAAAGAAGAACUAAAGGAUUCAGAAGUAGAAGACGAAAAGUGCCUAUCAAAAGAAGAUGAGAUGGACAGUCAUGUUCAACCCAUAACCAAUGAAACACUUAGUUGCCCAUCGGAUCAAAUAGAAAGAACUUCUGGAAUGGAUCACCAUAUUGUCCAAACAACUACUGAAGCCGCAUUGGAACAAACGGAAACUUCAGUUGAAGUAGAAGUUGUAGAAAAAACAGAGGGUCAUAUUGAGUCGGGUAUCAUUCAUAUGCCGGUUGAUUCUUCAGUAGCCCCUGUGGAAGCAAGUGAUGUCAAGGAUGUUACAAGUAACACUAGUACUGAAGGCAAUACCAUUGAGAAAAUGAAAGACGAAUACCCAUCAGGUGAGACAAUUACGGUUACCGAAAUAGAAACAAUCCCUGAAGAAAAAAUAACAACCAAGCCCAUUGAAGAAAAGAAAGACCGCUUUGAAAAUGCUAUAUGCCAAGUAACUGACGCUAAUUCUACGGACGUACAUGAAAAUGUAACAUGCAUCCUUUCAACGGAUGACAUACACCCCAACUCAAUCAAGUGUGAUGCAGAAGUCGUUUCUGAUAAGGAUGUGAUUGACAGUGAUAAGAACGUAAUUGAAGGUGAAACUACGAAAGUAAUCGAAUCAGAAAGUAAUGCUAUUUCAACCAGUCAAACUGAGUCUAUGCAGGCUGCCAUGCCCAAGAGAGAGGAUAGUGUCAGAGAAGAUAAAAUAUCAAAGUUAUUGCCUGAAGUUGCAAAUACUGGUGAUUCAUCCAGCCGUUCAAUGGAAUCUAUUGGGCCGGCAGAAAAGGAUAGCCCUAAGGACGAAGAAGAGUCUAUAAAGACACAAGAGCAACUAAGCGAUACAAUAAAUGAAGCAUCCACACCACGGGAAGACAUUCCAGAUGUGGAACAGGAACACUCCAAGGACUAUGAAGACUAUGUGGUGAAGGAAGGACUACCCGAAGAAAACAUUAUCUAUGAGAGACAGAAUGCUGUAUCUGUAGACGAAAUUCUUAUGAAGGACUUUAAAAAUCUAGAAUCUACAUUUGAGGAUCAGGAAGUAUCGACAGAUCAUAGUUCACAGAAUGAUAUGUGGGUUGGCCUUCAGCAAGACUACGAAAAACAACCUCAAUGUGAAUGCAAGUGUGACAGUGAAUUUAUACAUAAACAUGAAGAAAUCAGUAGUGAAGAGAUUAUGGGAAAUUCUAGAAUGGAUGAAAAAACGAAGAAUGAUGGCCCUGGUAUUGAAAGGUCAGAAGAGAUGACAACAGAGGAUUCCAUUGAUACACCUAUUGAGGUAAAUGAAACACUCUACAAUGCAGGUGGCAUAGAUAAAAUGCUAUUUGAAGAUUUAAUGGAUGAUGAAAGCUUUUUGAAGGAAUUAGAGGAACUAUAUACCCUGCUGAGCCGCGAUGGUGAUAUCAACAUUAACCCUUCCAACGUAGAGAAUGAGACCGAUGCCAUGUUACAUGAAAGCGCCCAUAAAACAGAACCCACCAGCUCUAGAGACGAUAGCAACCUCAAGGCAUCAACAUGGUCAAGCAUCCCAAGAGAUAACUCAAGCCAAAACAGAAAUAUUAUGGAGAACAUGGCAAACAAAGACUCAACGAAGAAUAUUACGGUCCAUGAAAGUGCAACAACUGAGAAGCCUAUAGAAUCCAACAGCAUGAAAAAUGUACAUAUGUUCUUCGGAACGUUUUCUCAGCUCUCCGAUGCCCCUUCUACAAUGGACUUCAAUAGAAUGGAACAAGAGUAUGAAAAAUUCAAACAGUUCCAAGCAUUUAUGCAACUGUCCACUAAGGACCAGCAAUAAAUUAUGACAAUUGCAGCAGGUUUGAUAGUAAAUUAAAACACGAGAAGUGUCGGUAUUCACAAUCCUAUGACACUUCGCUAUUUUACUUCCUUAAACCG